AGAGAGACACACAUGGGAUUAUUUCGGAGCAUUAGUUUCCGGCGAAAUACAUCUCCGGCCGCCGUAUCUAAUAAACAUAAGUCUAAAGAAUCAUCGGUUUCUUGGUGUGGGGAGAAGAGGCUCUUGAAAGAAUCACAAAUACAAGAUAAAAUACUCAAGACAUACGUUAUCUCACGGUUGGCUUCGCCGGCAAAUGUUUUCCGGUGGGAAGCAAACCUCAUCGGACCGGAGAACUGCCCGUUCGAAAAUGGUGUCUUCGCCGUCUCUAUUCACAUCCCAACCAAAUAUCCAUUCAAACCACCCAAGAUCGUAUUCAACACCAAGAUAUUUCAUCCUAACAUCAACAAGAAGGGAGAAAUUAGUAUCGAUAUAUUGGGGUCGCAAUGGUCACCAAGUUUGAGGAUCGAUUUGGUACUCUUAUCCAUAUGUUUGGUUCUCUCUAACCCGGUCGAGCCAUUUGUUCCUGGCAACCCAGCCGUGAAGGUGUACCUGCAAGACCGGAACGCUUACGAGAAGAUUGCGAGAAUGUGGACUCUGGAAUAUGCAAAUGCUUGACGAUUACUUUCAUAAAUUUUGUGUGUGUUUAUGUGAUGCGGUUAACCAUAAGUUUGUCAAUAAUCUGUUUUUCUAUGUUACUCACCUGUUUUGUUAACUUUACCUGCUUAUAUGUCAAUGGAAAUUAAAAAGAAAAAAAAAGAAAAAAAAAGAAAAGAAA